AUGUUCGCUAACGCCAGUCGGGUUUUCCGGAAUCAGCGUACAGUUCAGUCGAUCUCUCAGUUUCAUGACCGAUCUUCUGUCCCAAGAGUAACAAAUGAUCAUGAAGAAAAAAUGUGCAAGGUUUUUGAUGCCGGUUACGUAUACAGGUAUCAUAGGCCUGGUGUAGACCCUCUUCCGCGAAUACCGGAUUGUAAAACACCUGUUGCUCGACCUCGAAAGAAACCUUGUAACACAUGGAAACCAGAACAAGCUAGGUUUGGCGAGAACGACUAUAUUGAUCUUCUAGGAGACGGGAGCUUACACCCCGCACAGUUACUGUACCAUGUUCCGCCAUGGCUUCGGGGUUUUCCUGGACAGCAUAGAGCUAAUGAGCUCGUUAAACUGAUACACUACCGGAAUCUUUAUAAGGAAAAAUUACAAGCAAAUGCUCCACGUCGUUGGUAUGACUUGCAAAAAAGAAUCAAAUACCUGCUACAGUACCAUAAUUACAAUAAACAGGACGAACUGAGAGAAGAAAGGAAUUUGGGAUUAUGGGAGGAAAAACCUGAUUACUUUUUCAAAGAUAAGUCUAGGAGAAGCUACCAGGACCUUGUAUGA